AUGGAAGGGGCAGUCAGGAAAGGCCUCAAAGGGCUCCAGCGGGAGAUGAGAUUGAUGAUCGGAGAAAUCAAGUUAAAGGAGGAGAAGAACCAAGGGGCGACACAUGACAGCAAGAUUGUGCUACUGAAGGAGUUGGCUUGUGACAUCGAGGACUUCAUAGAUCUUAAGUGGGUUCCGGGAGCAGCUGGCGCCCUCGUCCUCUCGGCGAUUGAGAUGGACCCCCGUACUGAUAUACUGGAAGAAAUCAACAAUUUCAAGGAGAGUAUCCAGCGUGUACGGAAUUGGCAACCCGAUGCCGGAUCCAGCCAUGGUGGAGACGGUGCUGCGUCGUCGUUCUGCCCCUCAGCUGCAUCUGCUCCUCCUUGUAGUCCAGAGGCUACCCUCAAGCAAACAAGCCUUCGACAUUUCUUACAGGACAAAAGGUACUUGGUUGUUAUUGAUGAUGUGGACCGUCCAGGAGUGUGGCAGGCUAUAAAACAUGAGUUCCCUGAAAAUGGCCACAGUAGCAGAAUAAUUGUGACCACAAGUGUCCACUCCGUUGCGGCUGAAUGCAGCUGGGGCAGUUAUGUGUAUACAAUGCAAGGUUUGGGCAAAGAUGAGUCAAAAGAAAUAUUCUGGGGAACGGUUGGUCAAGAAAAUCGGACACUUGCACUACAGGGUGCUUCAAAAGGCAUCCUCGAGAAAUGUGGAGGUUUGCCGCUGGCACUGAUCAGCGUAGCUAAUUAUUUGCGUCGACAAGGACGAGCCGGGUCUCGUGUGACAGGAGGACUCACAAUAGACCAGUGCAACAGAGCUGCCCGCACACUCGGAGACAAGAUACAAAAAGGUCAGGAUGCCGAGUUUGUGAAAAUUAAUAGAGCUCUUCUCCAGUGCUACAACAACCUUCCCGACUAUGUUCACCGGAGCUGCUUGCUUUAUGCCAGUGUAUUCCCCAGAGGCCGCCCUAUUAACAGCAAGGUUCUGAUUAGAAGAUGGAUGGCUGAAGGAUUAGUUGCUGCACAUGGCACCGUCACUGACGAAGAAGGUGCCACGUGUUGUUUAGAGGAGUUCAUUGACCGGAGUAUCAUUGAACCAGUAGAGAUCAACAAUGCUAGGGUCGCCUGGUGCAGAGUUCACAGUAUAAUGCUAGAGUUCAUCAUCCAUGAGGCAGUCUCAAAGAGCUUUGUCGCUCUUGUUGACAAGGAUGAGCUCCUGUCUAACAACGAAACUAUCUACGAAGGCAUUACCUUCGGUGUCCGUGUCCGCCGACUCUCUGUUCAGGAUAGCAGCAACCAAGGAGUCGAUGAUGCUGUGAAAUCGAAAUCUAUCGACUUGUCUAUUAUGAGGUCGCUAACGAUCUUCGGAAGCCCUCUUCUUGACCUCCAAGUCUGCAAGUCACUGCGAGUUCUGGAUCUGAGACGUUGCACGGGGGUCGAUAAUAUUGUUUUCGGAGACAUAUGCAAACUGCUGUUUCUCAAGUACCUCAGCCUCAGGGGCACUCGUGUUGGCAAUCUUCCCUCAGAAAUACGGCACCUAGAGGAUUUGGAAACACUGGAUAUUCGAGACACAGGGGUGGAAGUUGUGCCCAUUGAGGUCAUCAGGCUACAAAAGUUAGCUCACCUGCUUGGCCGGUUUAAGCUGCCCCAUGGAAUCUCAAGCGAAGAGUUAGAGAAAGGUAGAUUGCAGACUCUGGCUGGAGUCGUCAUUACCAAGGCAGACCAAAGUUAUGAAAACAUUAUACUUCACACCAGAAAACUGAGGAAGGUUAAGAUCUAUGAAGCUACAUCAGAUUCCUCCAACAGCCCCCGCAACAAAAAGGCAAAACUAAGCUGUUCAUUUAGAGACUCUGGAGGAGCAUCGACUAGCAAUUCGUCCUUGUUGCAGAUUAAGGAGCUCUUCACCGGCAGCAAAGCUCUCCAAAUUCUGUCAAUUGAUUCAAGUGACUUCUCUAAAGAGUUCCUAAGUUUUUUAGAGGCUCCCUGUGCGAUCACAUCUAUCAAACUACGGGGGAAACUGGAGAAUUUGCCUGAUACUCCUAUCCUAAGGCAGCUGGUCGUUCUAAAUAAGCUGCUACUCAUCUCAACUGGUUUGAGCUGUGAAGUUUUAUCUACCCUGCAAAGUUUACCUUGCUUGGAAUAUCUCAAGCUAGAAGAAGGUUGCGAUGGGUUUUCGGGCGGCAGCUUCAUUGUGACGAGUGGUGGAUUCCCAAGCCUGAAGCGACUGUGCUUCGAGGCCUCAGAGCUUCCAGAAGUGCAAUUCCAAGAAGGAUCUAUGAAGUCUCUAUCCAUUCUUGACCUACUUUGUCCAUAUUCAGAAAUUCCAGGGCCUCGUAGGGAUAUGCAUUUGUGUCCUUCCUAUCAGACGUGUGAUCCCGAGGAAAGCAGGCUUGGCGUGGUAGGCGUCUCAUAUCUUGAGAAUCUCAACGAGGUGAUCCUCCACCACUCUACGGGGGAAUAAAAAAUGCGAGCUUGGAAAGAGGAAGCCAUUGGGCACAAAAACAGGCCAUCUGUGAAGAGGCAACCACAGCCAUGAACCAAUCAUCCACGCGGCAUAACCGUGAAUGAGUUUGUCUCCCUGUGUCUGUAUUUUAAUCUGGUUUGUUCAAUGUUCAACAUUUCCUUUCAAUGUCACUUGUAAUAAUUGAUAGAGCUGCAUAUUUACUGCGCC